ACACUCUAGGCUACAUACCUCAUCUAUCGUUCUUUUUAUUGUUCCCUUCUAUUUAUUAAGCUAAUUUACGGUAAUACUUUUUAACCUUUCUUCUUCUUUUUCUAGCAGCUAUUUUAAUUUUUACAACUGCCGGCUCUUCCUUCAGCUCCUCCCCUCACAUGCUGUCUUAGGGUUAGAAAACAGAAAAGGCAACAAGUGUAACUAGUAGACGCUUUCUCUUUCCUCUGUGAAGGAGAUAACAAUCUAUCCUCCUUCACCUCUCAUGGCUCCAAUUCUGUUCCUGUUGUUAUUUCUCUCUGAAGCAGCUUCAGAUGAGAUUGAGGUAACAGUGGACCCUGGAGAUGAUGUCAUUCUACCAUGUUGGGCUGCUGAUUCCUCCAUCAUAGUUGUAGUAUGGACCAGACCUGACCUGGAGCCAUAUAACGUUGUCUAUUACAGUGAUGGACACCUGGAUCCAACCUGUCAGCAUCCAUUCUUUAAGGACAGGGUGGAGCUGGUGGACAGAGAUCUGAAGGACCGAAACUUGUCUUUUAUUCUGAAGAACGUGAGCAGCAUCGACAACGGGACAUACGAGUGUCGAGUUGCAUUUGGUUCCAGACGGAAAAAGAGAGCCAACAUCAACUGUAACCCAAUCAGUACCCUCAGAACCAUCAGAAUCAUCCGUCUGCAGGUUAGAGAGCCAGCAGGUUCAAACAGAGGACACUCCGAGGAUGGAAACCCAAAGAAUGAUGUCCCUGAGGAUAGAAACUCCUCUCCUGUAGGCCUCAUCGUUGGACUGGCAGCAGGUGUUCUGGUUCUUGUAGCUGCUGCAGUGGCUGGUGUCCUGAUGUAUAGAAGACGUAAGAACAAGAGAUCAGGACAACCUGCUGAUGAUGAUGAUGAUGAUGAUGAUGAUGAUGAUGAUGAUGAUGAUGAAGCAUCGGCCGAUAACUUCCUCUGACGUCCUCUGGGGUCCCAUGACGAGAUGGUUGCAGAGAGACAGAUUUCCUGUGAAUGAACUUUUAUCUUUAGAGAAAUAGAAUAUUUACUCAAGUAAAAGUACUGUUGCUAGGGGCGACCUCUAGCUCCCCCAGUAGAGCGUGCGCCCCAUGUAG